CACUCUCCCAUGCAUGCACCUCAGCUUGCAUUCCAUCGAUCCACAUCCAUGGAGGACGCUCGAACCAGCAACCUCAGGAUCUCGAGAGGCCAUGGCCAUGGCUGCCAACCCUCUUCUGUGAAGGAGCCUUUCCCUUUCCUCAGCCUCAUCGCUUCCUCCUCUCCUUCUUCGAGCAGCAGCAGCCGCCACCAGCAGCAAGAAGGUCGCGGUGGCCAUGAUCAGCUGCUCCAGUACGCUUGCCUGAGCGGCGAGCACCAGUACCGGGAGGAGGAGGAAGAGGUCACGGUUGCUCUGAGCAUAGGCCUACCGGUCAUCUCCUCUUCUUCUCCGUCGUCGUCGGUGGCGCCGGCGACGAAGCUGGCAAAUCAAGAUGGUGGUGGUACUUGCGCCGGCGGCGGCGGUGGUGAAGAAGGUACUGGUGGAGACGGAGUGAGCUGCAGCGGCGGCGUGGGUCCGGCGGUGGGGAGCGUGAGGACGGCCGGCGGCGGCGGGCAGUACUGGAUCCCGACGGCGGCGCAGAUCCUCGCUGGCGCCACCCAGUUUUCGUGCUCCGUCUGCCACAAGACCUUCAACAGAUACAACAAUCUGCAGAUGCACAUGUGGGGGCACGGGUCGCAGUACCGGCGGGGCGGCACGGCGGCGCUGCGCGGCGCGCAGCCGACGGCGAUGCUCCGGCUGCCGUGCUACUGCUGCGCGGCGGGGUGCCGCAACCACAUCGACCACCCGCGCGCCCGCCCGCUCAAGGACUUCCGCACGCUGCAGACGCACUGGCGGCGCCGCCACGGCGCCCGCCCCUUCGCCUGCCGUCGCUGCGCCAAGCGCUUCGCCGUCCGCGGCGACUGGCGCACCCACGAGAAGAACUGCGGCCGCCUCUGGCGCUGCGCCUGCGGCGCGGACUUCCGCCACAAGCGCUCCCUCAACGACCACGCCCGCGCCUUCGGCGCCGGCCACGGCGGGGUCCUCGUCCUCCUCCACCACGACGGCGGCGACGACGAAGAGUGCCGCCGCGCCGCGCUGGCCCCUAGGCCCUAGCUACCUACCUAGGGUUUAGUGCUGCAAAAGGCAUAUAGGGUGAGAUAAAUUGAUUUCAGAUUUGUUUGUGAUCACAUAUAAACAACUCUCUUAUUUUUUUUGUUUGGUUAAUUUGAUUACAUUUGUAUGAUCAUUUUGCUUAAUUGGAAUUUGCGGUUUG